CCGAUCCCACGUGUGACGCUGUCCUUCCCGGCUCAGUAAUAUUCUCAUAGCGGGGCUUUGCAUAUCUCCCGUCUGUCUGUGUGUCUGUCACUGUUACUGUAGUCCCAGCCGAUAGUUCGGAAUAGCUAUGGAAGGAGACGGGAGUCAAGCCACAUCCGGAAGCCUAAAUGACUCGCAGCAUGACCCGGGUAAAAUGUUUAUCGGUGGCCUCAGCUGGCAAACCUCACCAGAAAGCCUUAGAGACUAUUUCAGUAAAUUUGGAGAAAUAAGAGAAUGUAUGGUGAUGCGAGACCCCACGACGAAACGCUCAAGAGGAUUUGGCUUUGUCACAUUUACAGAUGCUGCCAGCGUAGAAAAAGUCCUAGCUCAGCAACACCACGAAUUAGACUCAAAGACGAUUGAUCCUAAGGUUGCCUUUCCACGUCGCGCCCAGCCUAAGAUGGUCACAAGAACGAAGAAAAUAUUUGUGGGUGGCCUUUCAGCCAAUACAGUAUUGGAAGAUGUCAAACAGUAUUUUGAACAGUUCGGAAAGGUUGAUGAUGCACUACUUAUGUUCGAUAAGGCUACGAACAGACAUAGAGGAUUCGGGUUCAUAACUUUUGAGAGUGAAGACAUAGUUGAGAAAGUCUGCGAAAUUCAUUUUCAUGAAAUCAAUAAUAAAAUGGUAGAAUGUAAGAAAGCUCAGCCCAAGGAGGUGAUGUUCCCGCCCGGAACACGGGGGCGAGCCAGGGGUCUGCCCUACACCAUGGAUGCCUUCAUGUUGGGGAUGGGCAUGCUGAGUUACCCGAAUAUUGUGGCAACAUACGGCCGCGGAUACACUGGAUUCGCACCUAGCUACAGCUAUCAGUUCCCCGGCUUCCCGGCGACGGCGUACGGACCGGUGGCGGCGGCGGCGGUAGUAGCGGCGCGUGGCUCAGGUAGGGGGGCCCGUGGAAGAGGCGGCUACUUGGCGUACCCACAGAGCACAGGGCCAGGCCUCCCCGAUUAUGGGUUUUACUCUGCGCCCGGUGACCAAAGGGGGGGGCCCUGCUCCUUUGCUGACUAUGGCUCCCUGGGUCCCCAGGCGGCUCAGAUGCUGCACAGUGAGCAUGCCACCUCCGCCUGCAACUCCCCCCUCCAGCACCUACACAGCCCGGAUCAGUUUAAGAACCCAGGCGCCAACCCGUCCAGGCCCGGAGCUUUCCACGGCGCCAACAGCCCAGGGCCCGUCGCCGACCUUUACGGCCCCAGCAGCCAAGAUUCGGCCGUGGGCAACUACAUCAGCACCGCCAGCCCUCAGCCCGGUUCCGGAUUCGGCCCCAGCAUCGCCGGCCCCUUGAUUGCCACAGCUUUUACAAAUGGAUACCAUUGAACAGGUGGCCCGCUUGCCAUCUCAUCAGAGGUGGCGCUACUGAGGCACAGCGGCCAGGCUGAAAAAGCCAGCAAGUGGUAACCACGAGAAGAAGGAAAGAAACUGUUGAGUCAUCUCUGAAAAACAACAACUGCUGUACUAUAUCCCAAACCUCCUACAGUAUAACGACAGCGCCCGGUUUGGUUUUGAUGUUUGGCAUCUCUUUCACCCGCCUCUUUUCUUUAGUUGCUCUGUCAGUUUAGUUCUACACGACUUUGGUGUCAUUUUUGUCUUUCCUCUUUCUUUUCAUUUUCUGCUCUUCAAACCGCGGGCGACACGGCAAAAAAAAAAAAAAAAAAAGCGGCUUGUAACGUCUUCGUCUUUAGUCGCUCGAAGGAGAAAUGAAGCAUUCGGGCUUUACACACACGCACACACAAAAAAACAAGAAAGUCGCUGUGCGGGUUUUUAGAUUUGAGGGGGGAAAAGAAAAAUCAAUUUUAUCGCAAAUCGGAUACGAGGGUAUCAAAGUAAUAAAUCUUAGUAGCGCUUUUAUUUCUCGUGAUGUCUCAUUGUUAACCAUGAUAACCUAUUUUUGGGCAAUACAAAGAGGACUCCAAUAUUUUUAUGGUCCUUUUUUUUAUAAGUGUUGUUUUUGUUGUUUAGAAAUAUAUAAAUAUUAUAUAAAUAUAUAUAUAUAUAUAUAUAUGCUAUAACAAAUUUCAUAUAACAACAUUGUGAAUUGAAACUUGCGGAAAAAGAAAUGUAGCUGUACAUAUUAUUCCAGUCACUGCAUAUAACCGACUCAGUGAGCGAAUAGCAUAUUUUUGUGAUGGUGUGUCGACGAACAUGUUCUAGUGUGUGAAUAGAAGACGAAGCUGUAAACACUUAUGAUUCUGAUGAUUACGAUACUUUUUACCCUGCUGAAAAACAGUAACAGCCUGAGACCAACGCACACUCGUUGCUCUGUAAAUAGUCAAAGCUGACUCGUAUACAAAGUACCAAACCAGCAAACUCACGUGUGUGUCACGUUUUAUGGAAUUUAAAAGAAAAACGAAAAAAAUCACAACAAAAAAGUAUACGAAUUGGUAUCUUUUAUGAAGCUAUUAAAGCAACACUAGGUAACUUUUCAACCUUUAUAAAAAUGUUUUCAUGACAUUUGUCGACGGACAACUAAUUGAAUGUCACCUUGUUUAUACCUUCAAGGGGUUUGCAUUAACUAAUUAACUUUGAGGAGGGCCACGCAAAAAAAAAAAAAAACUAUGAAAGUGUUGACUGCUUUACGGCAUACGUCACUUCCAGAGGUGGGUAGAAACGCGUGACAUGUACUCAGUUACAUUUACUUGAGUAAGGUUUUAGAAAAUUGUACUUCUAAGAGUACUUUUAUUAAGCCACACUUGUUACUUUUACUUGAGUAGAUUUGUGAAGGAAAAAACGCUACUCUUACUCCGCUACUUUGGGUUACACAAGAGUCGUUAUAUUUUGCCUCUUUAUUUUACAUAUUAGAUUGACUAAUUUUCAGCCUGUUCGAUCACGUGGCGUCCUUAACCGGAAAAAAAAGUAUUUGACAUAGAGCGCUGCCAUCAACAGAGGCACCAAUAACAGCGAGAAAAGUACUAUUUGCCAUGUGGCAUUUUUUGGGAGGGGGGGGGGAUACCACAUGGCAAAAUCCAUUUUGGCACAUGGCAAAAAAAAAGCCACAUAGCAAAAUCCAAUUUGCUACAUGGCAAAAUAUGCCACUUGGCAAAAUCAAUUUGCCACAUGGUAAAAAAAAGUCUCAAGAUAAAGAAAUGCCAAUGGCAAAGUCCAUUUUGCCACAUUGUAAAAAAAUGCUACAUGGGAAAAUCAAUUUUGCCACAUUGCAAAAAAAUGCCACAUGGCAAAAUCAGUUUUGCCACAUAGCAAAAAAAAAUGCCACAUGGCAAAAAUGAAAUGCCACAUGGCAAAAUCCAUUUUGCCACAUGGCAAAUAAAUGCCACAUUGCAAAAUCCAUUUUGCCACAUGGCAAAUAAAUGCCACAUUGCAAAAUCCAUUUUGCCACAUGGUAAAAAAAAGUCUCAAGGUAAAGAAACGCCAAUGCUAAAGGCCAUUUUGCCACAUUGUAAAAAAUGCUACAUGGGAAAAUCAAUUUUGCCACAUUGCAAAAAAAUACCACAUGGCAAAAUCCAUAAAAUGCCUCAUAGCAAAAUCCAAUUUGCCACGUGGCAUAAAAAAUGCCACUUGGCUAAAUUUAUUUGUCACAUUUAAAAAAAAAAAAAUCCACAUGGCUAAAUCCAUUUUGCCACAUGGCAAAAUCAAUUUUGUCACCUGGCAAAAAUAUGCCACAUGGCAAAAUCCAUUUUGGCACAUGGCAAAAUCCAUUUUCCAUCAAGGCAAAAAAUUGCCAAAUGACCCAAAAAAAUGCCAAAUGGCAAAAUCAAUUGUGCCACACAGGUAAAAAAAUGUCUCAUGGCAAAAAAAAAAUGCCACAUGGCAAAAUCCGUUUUGCCACAUGGCAAAAAAAUGCCACAUGACAAAAAAAAUGCCAGAUGGCAAAAUCAGUUAUGAUAUAUGGCAAAAAAAAAAAAAAUGCCUAAUGGCAAAAAAAAAAAAACCAUGAAAAAAUCCAUUUUGCUACAUGGCAAAUACCACUUUUCGUUCUCGGCCCUGCUGCAACAUGACUCGAGAGCGCGGAUUUAAACCUGUCUCCCAGUUUUUAUUUGGCACCGAUUGACCACGGAAAACCAGAGAUAUGAUCCUUUUAAUUUCAUAAUAGUAACAUAAUAGUAAUAGGAAGGAACUAUUCAAACUAGGAACUAUUUUCUCCACUAGAGCUGUUUGGACCUAUAAUGCUUCAUUGCAGUUUUUUUUUCUCUCUUUAACCGGUUAUUAUACAGUAUCAUUAUAACAACAGUUCAUAUAGAUAAGUUUGUGCUGAGAGAGAAAAAACAUCGUUUAAAAAAUAAAAAAAAAUCAAACAAAAAUAAGCAGUUACUCUCAAUGUUACUAUUGAUGAGUUUUCUUUUCGCUGGAUACUUUUUUACUUAUAGUUGAGUCAAUUUUUUGGAUGACUAAUUUUACUUGAGUGAUAUUUUUUGAAGUAACGCUACUCUAACUAAAUUUUAGGCUACUCUACCUACCUCUGGUCACUUACCUCUUUGCCCCAUUCGUUAUAAAGACGGAAGUCAAUACGAACGCGUUGGCGCGAAUUCUGCAAAGAUCGCAGAAGAUCGCAGAGCAACAAAAGAGGCAAAAAGUUUUGUCCGAGGAAACAAAAAAAGAGAAAGGGAGGCUACCAGGAUAAGGGGAAACUCGAGAAUAAACACUGGGCCGGCACUCGCUGGCGUGACGCCGCCCCCCCUCAACCAAACUCAUCAGCGCUGAUGAGUCAGGUGGGUUGAGGGAAUUAGCCACAUUAAAGCUACGUCUACGCUAGGACAGAUAAUGACCUUAAACGUGUAAUUAUUUAGACUACACGGCAUGUCAGCUACACUAACGUGCCUCUUAUCCAUGCAAGAGCUUACACGGAUAAGUUAGCCGGCUAAUAUUACAUGACGCUUAAUAUAGAUGAGUGUCUCCAUACAACAAUUGGACACAAAGGAUGUUACGUACCGGAGCUUGCCAUUGCCAUUUUUAGUGCGGCAUGACGGCAUUGUAAACAAUGGAGACGGAUGAUCAAGACGUGGCACUUCUGAUGAGUGCAUCUGCCUCUCUGCCAGCCCGUAAUUUAAAUGUGGUGCCGGCAGGUUCGCUCGACUUGAACGAGCUGUGAUGAGCUGAUAACGCAUUCACACAUCAAUCUUGAACCUUCAAACUACAUCGCAAGAAUUUGCUUCAAUUCAGUGCCCAUUGGUGGUCCUCCCAUCGCGGAUUACACGGAGAGGAGUGGUUUAUUACAGCGCUCGUCUCCAGCGUUAAGUCUCCGAUCAGUCAUGCCGACCGAACUGAAGUUAUAAAAUUGCGUAGGGGAAGAUUAAACUACAAAAACUGAACCGCAUGAUAGCCCCAGUCACAGACUCGCGUGAUCAGUUUUUUAAGUUUUUGUUUCAUGACAUUUCCUCCUGUCAAAACUCAGCACUUCUAGGAUCGCCACUGUUAUGCACAAGCACUCCUAGUUGUGGUUUCCAUUUCCAGGAAAUAUACACAGCGCCACACCAUAUGUUUCUAUUUGUUAUUUCCCAAGUGGUGAGUGCGCAACUGAGCAUCAAUUGUAACAUCCCAAGUAAUGACGUCAGGCUUUCAUGGUUGUUUUCUAAAGAAUUAUUUCAAUCACAACUUGGCGACUGCUUGUAAAAGCCGAGUGUGCAAUCUCAAUCCCGUCACUCUAGCUCCUGCGUGAUGCGUUCAAAUUCGUUCACGAAAAAAACAAUGAUCACAAAACAGAGUUCCCGAGCCCUGGUCUAGAAGUUGUAAUAAUUUUGAAAUUUCCCACUGGCUAGUAACGAGUUUCCGGUUCAGAUGUAAACCGCGCUGAUCAUGACGUAACAGAUGACGCUGCUCCUUUCUACGCAUGCGUAGUUUGCGCAAAAGUAGGCGUACCUUGCAGAAGCGGGCGGGCCUUGAACGCACCUUAAACGUAGUGCGGACAGGUACAAAAAUAAAUAGCAAAAUACCUCGGAGAAAAUCUGUCCAAGUGUAGUUGUAGACUAAGCCUCACAGUUUCUAACCGUCAUAUGCUAUUCCAUCUGCAUGUGACUAAGAGAUCACGAUUUUACGACCCUGUGCAGGUGUGCGCAGUCUUCCUCAAGACAAAACACUACUGCUUUUGUCCACCGGCGUCGCUAAAAUCAACCAAAACUGAAAAGUUACCUCGUGUUGCUUUAAGACCAGAAGAACAAAGGAAAAAAAAAAGAUUUAAAUCCAAAGCACACUGUACUUUUAGAUUGCAUUUUGUGCAUAUGCGGACAGUUUUGUACUCUUCUCAAUUGUUUGUUUCAUCCUGCUCCUUCCCAACGUCGUUUGGGGACACAAAAAGAAAAAAAAAACGACAAAGUAUGGGCCAUUGUGCACGAGCCCACCUAGUUAUUAGUUCUUGAUGUGAAUUAGGAACCUUUUUUUUUGUUAUUAUUAUUAUUUUGAUGCCAUACCUCAGCCUCGUGAGUUCCGUUGUGGAAUCGGAGGCAGGUUUUUAAUUUAUUCUCACCUAAAUGAAAACACUGAAUGAUUUAAAUAGAUCUAUUUAAACAAAAGAGGGAAGAAGGCGGCGAAAUCAUUGCACUGUGAGUAGUAAAGUACAGGCCAUUUCCUAUUUGCACUUGUACAUGUUGGCUUUUUAAAAGGCGGCCCUGUGCUUUGGGAUUAGUGUGAAGAUUUUGGGAUUCUUGUAUUUGAAAAUAGACAAACGCCUCGCCAUCGCCAGGUGACUUAACAGCUUGCUUAAAUAAAAAAAUAAACAGAACACGAAAGAACAGCAUUGUAGAUAUGAAUGAAUGAAAUCCAAUACAGGGAAUCCCUGGGUUAUGACGUACUCAAAUUACGUGAUUUCCAGAGUCUCGUACGCCAUUUUGUCUCCAGUCGUUUUUUUGUUGUUUUUUUUCCUUAUGUAGCAUAAACAGUAGCUUAUUGAACCUCACAGUAUCUUUUCACUUUCUUAAUAUGACAUGUUCUCUCCUCACUAAACGUGAAGUUGUUCAGCUUUACAGACAGCAACCAAGGCGAUUGUGCUUAUUGUAGCUUUUUACGUCCUUCUGUUUUGACAAUUUGUAAAGCUUUAACACCCAAAUUUACCUAUGUUCAAAAUGACACACAUUUUUACAAUAAAACACUUGACACAGUUUGAUCAAUAUGGAAAUUUAGUAGAUUAAAUCAGCCUAAUUUGCCUAACAAAAGUCCGCUAGCUUAAAUGCUAACUAAUGCUAACGUAUUUAUGAUUCUCAUUCCUCUCAUUUUCAAGCUCGCCUUUGUCCCAAUGCUAAAUGCAUGUAAAUAGUGUACGAACGAGGUGUUUACUGAGCUAAACCUACCUUGCCUGGCUCUGCCAGACUAUUCUCCCUGUAUUUUUCAAACACUGAGAGUAUAGUCUGGGAACCAGCCCAUUAACGGCCUCUCGAACAGGUACAAAAUCAAUGUACAAAUCAGAUUCGUUUAUUUGCGUGACGUGUUCUUAACGAGCAACGUCACUCUUGCGCGUCGAAAGUCGUCUCCAACACAGAUGGUGAACGGGAGAGCCGAGAAUAUGUUCCAAUCCACGGUAAAAUCCUUUUUAAAUUACCAAAAACUAGGGCUGUCAAACGAUUAAAAUUUUUCAUAAAUUAAUUACAGCUUAAAAAUUAAUUAAUCGCAAUUAAUCGCAAUUCAAACCAUCUAUAAAAUAGGCCAUAUUUUUCUGUAAAUUAUAUAUAUAUUCUGUAAAAUAAUUUGUUGGAAUGGAAAGAUAAGACACAAGAUGGAUAUAUACAUUCAACAUACGGUACAUAAGGACUGUAGUGGGCAUUUCACUCUACUGUCAUUUAAAUCUGUCUAUGCUGUCCUAACUCCGAAGCGUCUACUUUUUCCAAAGCUAGACAGCUAGUGAACGACGCCUUAAUAAUCAGACUUCUUCCUUUUUCAUCUGAUUUAUUAAUAAAAUGGCCUGGAACCACUGUCCUCUUUAGACCGUAGUGAAACUACAAAAAAAGUACACAAGCAUUGCAUUAGCAACAACGUUAGCUAUAGAGUAAUUCAGUUACUAACUCAGUUACUUUUUGGAAGAAGUAGUGAGUAAUGUAACUAAUUACUUUUUUAAAGUAACGUGCCCAACACUGAUUAUUAAUUACCGAAAUGACGUGUAGGUUUUGUAAGGAUUUCAACAUUGAAACAACAUUAACUGAGGGUGCAAAAGUGACGUUGAUUCAACGAUAUAAGAUCGACAGCGGAAUGUUGAUCCAACAUCAUUUCAACGUCGGUCUGCUAUCUGGGUUGCCUUGUUUGCUGUCUGUAAAGCUGAACAACUUCACGUUUAGUAAGGAUAGAUCAGGUCAUAUUAAUAAAGAAAAGACAAAAUAAGAUACUGUAAGGUACAAUUAGGUUCUGUUUGCGCAACUAAAAAAAUAAAAAGACUGAAGACAAACAAAAUGGCGAACGAGACUCCAGCGUCGUAAAGUCGGAAUCGCGUAAGUCGAGUACGCGGUAACCCGGGGACUAACUGUCUUUAAUAAAUAAUAUAUCAUUGAUUCAGAUCUGCAACACGUUACAUCAGUGUUGUCUUUAUUUAUUUAUAUUUUAGCAGUGGACAUGCUCGACCUUUGCUUUUCUUACAUUAGACCCGUGACUCAUCUGAACGUAUUUAUUCAGGGUCGCACACUGAAUUACUUGCUGUAUCAAACCACAAACAUUCGGCUAAUAAUAAUAAUGAGUGUGGUCAGCAAUUUCAAGGUCAUCUGACGGAGUGGAUGUAGCGCGUUCUGCUGCAUAAUCAUUUUGGACUGUUUUUUUUUUUUUUUUUUUUUCCGUUAUGUUCUACCCACUUGCAUUUUCAAGCAACCAGGUCAAGAAAUAUGCUGGAUACUUAUAAAGACAAGGGUAUGGAGUUGUGAUGCCGUAGAAAUUUAAAAGAAAAAAAAAACUUGUAAUGUUCACAUGUAAAAGAAAAUAUAAAACUACCCCUCCAAAAAAACAAAAAAAAAACACAAAAAAAGAGAAGACGCUUCUUUGCUGAUUUCCAGUUCAAUUUUGUUGUGGUUUAUAUAUGAAUAAUAAUUGUACUAUACUAUUAAAAUGUAUUGUGCAUCUAUUGCUUUUCUCUCUUUCCAUCCUCCGAAGAUCUUUUGUUACUCAUUCAUGUAUUUCAUGGGUGUGUAAAGAAAUAACUUGUAAACACAGUGCUGUCUUUGCUCCCAGUCUAGUGCUUCAUUGUUGUUCUCCCUCUGCUCUACUCUCCUCCUCCUCCUCCUAGAUGUUCUGUAGAGCUCAUUAAUAUGCUAGAUGUAGUGACUGUAGUAGACGUAGGACCAGUGGAGAUAGAUAUAGCGCCAGACCUUUUUAUCGGUGACCAUGUUAGUCUCGCACCUUCAACCUCGGACCUUUCGGUUGUUCUUCUUUUUCUUCUGCUGGCGUCACUUCUGUCGCGUGGUUUCAGCAAACCAAAGCUCUCGUGGACGGAUGAACGAGAGAAAACACUUGCUGGGAGGUGGAAGCGCACACGAGGCAUUAUUUGGCUAUCCCACCCUUGAAUGUUUUUAAAGGGGUGUGCCAUACUACCUUAAAUGCUAACGCUAGAUAUGCAAAAGAUGUUUUUUUGUUUUUUUUUUUUUUGCUUUGCCAGAGCGACAUAUUGUUUUGAACGGAAACAUUCAACUGGUUUCUAACAAACGCUCUUUCCGAAUCGGUCUUACUGGUGAUAUAAGUAGAGUUUAGAACCGCUCUUAAACCCUAUUUAAAUUCUAGCUAUUUGAAAUCACUCGGAAAAACCUCAAGAGUUUGACCACACGGCAUCUUUUUAGGUCAAAUGGUUACCGUAAUUCCUCAAAUAGUGACCAGAAUGCCAGGCUUUUAUUUGAGAAGACACUUAAGACUACCAAGGUCUGUUCAGCUAGAACUGGUGUGGGCAAACUGGUCCUCAAAAACCGCAGUGGGGCCUGUCUUUGUUACAACUGAUCCAGCACAGGCGGUUUAACCUACAGUGCCCUCCAUAAUUAUUAGCACCCCUGGUGUUAAUACUUUGUACAACCCCCUAUUGCCAACAAAACAAGGUCUGGGGACUGAGAUGGCCAUGGGAGGAGCUUGAUUUUGUGUCUGGUGAACCAUUUCUGUGUAGAUUUGGCCAUAUGUUUAGGGUCAUUGUCUUGCUGAAAGACCCAGUGACGACCCAUCUUCAGCUUUCGGGCAACAGAUUUUGAUUUAAAAUGUCCUGGUAUUUCAAAGCAUUCAUGAUGCCAUGCACCCUAACAAGGUUCCCAGGGCCUUUGGAAGCGAAACCCAGGCUUCCCAGUUGAAGCCUGGGACCAGUUGAAGCCUGCUUUGGUCAGAUGAGACCAAGAUUGAGCUUUUUGGCAACAAACACUAAGUGGGUCUGGCAUGCCACGAAAGAUGCACAUGCUGAAAAGCACCUCAUACCCACUGUGAAGUAUGGGAGUGGGUCAGUGAUGCUGUGGAGCUGUCAAAUAAAAUGUUACCUAUUAAUCAACAAAUAAGCCGCACUGGAACAGAAGCCGCAGGAUUCAAAAUGUAGGAAAAAAGUAGCGGCUUAUAUUCCGAAAAUUACAGUAUUUCAAAAUGUGUUCGUCUUUGUCUAGUUUUGGUCAAAGAAAACUCAAAUUUCGUCUAGUUUUAGUGUUUUCAUCUUUGAAUUUCAAAAGUUUUAGUCCAUGAAUAAAUAAAAACAGGUUUUCAACCAUUUCAAAUGAACAUUGACAGAAGAGCAUAUAAUUGUCUACAUGGACAUAAACAUCUUCAUGAUAAUACACACUCAGCAGGAAACAGCACAUAUUUUGCAAUUAAUUCAUCUCACUUGGACACCACGAACUAUAUUUAAUAAGUUUUCCAAGAGUUUAAGAAGACUCAACGAGUCACUGCGCUAAGUGCUAAUGCCAACGUAUUUUCACCUUGCAAAAAAUCUACCAAAACAUUUUCCGCCCAACACUAAGGGGUGCUGCAGCACCCUUAGCACCCCACUUCCCGAGCCACUGCACCAAAUUGGUGAAGAGGUGUCCGCUUAAUGAGUUGCAACAAAAACCCGGACCCACUACCGCCUUUUGUGGAAUAGUUUGCCCACACCUGUGCUAGAACGUCAAAAUUGCUUUGUGUUUAUUUGGUUUCACACUUUUGAAUGAGAAGCAUUAUUUUAAACAAAACCGCAAAUCUACAGGACGAUCAUGUCGAUCGAUGUCAAGCCUUUCCAUCCAUUUGAUUGGAACCUCGCUUAAUCAACGGAUGUUUUGAUCCAGAUCCUUGUACCGUUACCCGUCUUAGCCAGUUCACUUUUCAAUUUACCCCCAAUUCCGAUCUUUUUCUGAGAGAAAUUGACCAGUCCAUUCGAAUGGAUGCUACUAUUUGAGGAAACAAUUUUUUAAAACUCAUUAAGGCUUGCCAUUAACAGCCAAAUGGCAGCCAAAGAGUUAACACAAGACUGCCUAAUUGAACUGUCGCAAUCCCAAACAUUUUCUGUUAAUUUGAAACAGCCGUUUUCAUUUUUGUCUUUUAUGGACGGAAAUACUUAUUCACCUUAGUCAUAUUUUAGUCGUUUCAAAAUGUUUUCGUCUAGUUGUUGUCGUAAUCUCAUACAAAUUUUGUCUAGUUGUAGUCUACAGUUACUCAAAAUGUUUUCGUCUGUAUAAUCCAAAAGUUUUAGUCCAAAAAUAAAUUUAAUUUCAAGUGAACGUAAACAGACGAGCGCAUAUUCUACAAGUCCACAAGGACAACGCCAACUUCGUGAUAAUACACACUCAGCAGGAACAGCAGUACGUUAUUUACAAUUAAACCUAGCUAGAAGCCACGAACUAAUGUUUAAAAAAAAAAAAAAGUUACAUGACCGU